AUGCUUCGCAGCACUGCUAUCAAUGUCAUCAGGCAUCUCGGUGAAGAUGAGGAAUCGAUGAUGGGAUGUAGCUACUCGCAAUGGAGUCUCUACAUCGGUGUUGUUGGCGAGUGUAACAUUCAGUAUGCACUUAACCCCAAUUCCAAGGAAUACUGUGUCAUUGAGGUUAAUGCUCGUUCAAGUCGCUCAAGUGCCCUGACGUCUAAAGCUACUGGUUAUCCACUUGCCUACACUGCUGCUAAAAUUGCCCUUGGGCAUACCCUUCCAGAACUGCCCAACGCGGUGACUAAGACGACUACAGCUUACUUCGAGCCUUCUCUCGAUUACAUUGUCACUAAGAUACCUAAGUGGGAUCUCGCAAAGUUUUCAUUGCAGGUCAACCGCAAAGUUGGGUCCUCAAUGAAGAGUGUUGGGGAGGUCAUGGCUAUUGGUUGCACAUUUGAAGGCUACCUGUGCUGA